AUGUCGACGUCAAAUGCGACAAAGGUCCCACUGGUGCGCAUCUCCAAGAUCGCAGACCGCUAUCUCGUCUUCGAUGCUCAAGACGUGGCCGUAAUUAGGCGCGAUCACAAUAUCUGCUCCGUGUUGGUGGGAACCACACCCCAGAACCCAACGCAAAAUGUGUUCUUGAGUCUGCCGCUUGAGCUACUUCCGGAGGAGGCCAGCGUGCUCGUCGAGAAGAAGGUAGGCCGUCUCGUCGACGAGACUUCACACCACUUGUCGUCGCUUCGCUCCUCGGACAAAGCUACCCGUCAGGGAUACAUUGCACUUCUAAAGGACCGCCGUCACAAGGCUCAGAAGCUAUUGGCCGAGGAUCAUGUCAAGAAGGCAGCGACUGAACAGACUCGGAGGGCGAAGGGCGCCAUGGCAUCUCCUGCCGCCCCAGAAGCUGAUGACCUGUUCGGUUUGUUUUCCCCAGGAACGCCCGCGCAUGACAGUCGUGGUAAAUCUCGCGAUUCUGCCGAUGUCAAUUUGUCCUUGACGGUCACGCCCACAACAAGCUGUGGGUUGCAAGCACCGGGGGGCGGUGCAUGUGACGCCGUGCGUCUGCCUGCUGCCGGCGCUCUGCAUCGACACUUGCAGUCAAAGGGAUAUUUCAUGACGCCUGGUUUGCGGUUCGGCGCCGACUAUAGUGUCUAUCCUGGUGACCCACUAAGAUUCCAUGCUCACUUCCUCGCCACAAACUACGCCUGGGACGAAAAAAUACCCAUGCUUGAUGUUGUUGGCAGCGGUCGCUUGGGCACAUCGGUCAAGAAGGGUUUCUUAUUUGGCGGCGAGGUUCCAUUCAUGGAUGAAUCGCCGAAACGGGUGCGCGCAUUUUGUGUUGAAUGGGCUGGGAUGUAG